CGAGUGCGCGCUGGGAGAAAUUAAGCAGGUGAUAACGCGAGACACAGAAAAAUAGAGAGGGCGAGCUCAAGAAGAUGAGCAAGCCGGAGGACGACGUGAUGGAGGCGAAGGACGCGCUGUUGCCUAUCGCGCUGCAGGCGCCCGUGACGGUGGCUCGGCCCGUGCGCAGCGACCUUGAAAACCGCGGCCUCCCUAAGCCUUAUCUUGCUAGAGCUCUUGCUGCACCGGACGUGCACCAUCCGGAAGGAACGAGAGAUCAUAAGCACUACCAUCUAAGUGUGCUCCAGCAACACGUCGCCUUCUUCGACAUAGAUAACAAUGGCAUCAUUUAUCCUUGGGAAACUUAUGCAGGAGCUCGCGCUAUUGGGUUCAAUAUGAUUGUAUCUCUGUUCAUGGCAAUAGUGAUAAAUGUAUCCAUGAGCUAUCCAACACUUCCGGGUUGGAUGCCACAUCCCCUGUUCCCCAUAUAUAUUCAGAACAUUCACAAGGCCAAGCACGGGAGCGACUCAGGUUCUUACGACACAGAGGGCAGGUAUAUGCCUUGUAAUUUUGAGUUUAUCUUUAGCAAGUACGCUCGUACGACACCUGAUAAACUCACUUUGGGAGAGUUGUGGGGGAUGACCGAGGGGAACCGGAAUGCGUAUGACCUUUUUGGAUGGAUCGCAUCCAAGUUGGAGUGGCUCAUGUUGUAUGCGUUGGCGAGAGAUGAGGAUGGUUAUCUGUCGAGGGAGGCCAUGAGGCGCUGCUUCGAUGGGAGCCUCUUCGAGUACUGCGCCCAGCAACGGGAAGCGUACAAUAAGAACUACUGACGUAUAAAUGUAUCUAGCAUGCAUGCAAUCUGCUUGCUUACAUAAAAUGCAUGUUUGGAUAUUAACAUGUUGGUUGAAAAUAAUUAAGUGUGAUCCUUGUGUAGAAACCUACCCUACACAGUAUUGUCUAUAUAUGUAUUAUAUAUGCUUGCGUGAUGUGCAAAUUCGU